UUCACUCUGGUCACACCAUGCUCUGCUUUUCCGGGCUCCUGCCCAAAAAUAAUAUAAAAUAAUAGCCGCUUAUCAAAGCAAAUGCCACCGGAAGAGAAGGUAGCCUGAAAAGCACCCAAGCAGCCAACGCUUCUUUCCGCCAGAGGAGUAUCCCGACCAGGAGAUCAACACCGUCGAAAUAGUCGUAAGAAACUAGAAAAUGACAGAGAAAGUUACGAAGUUGGCGUUGGCCAGUCGCCUUAUCGUGCUCUUGGUCCAAAUGGUGUCUAAUGGAGCCCUGCCGGAGCACAGACCAGAUGUAUUCCGGAUGCCGGUGUCAGGCGAGCAGAAGCAAUGUUGCGAGUGGCUGGACAAGCUGGUCAAGCGCUGCUUAGGAGGACUGAGGCACUGGGACGGAGAGUACUUUCUGCACAUAGCUGGAAAUCUUUACUCAUACGAGAACACCCUGGCCUUCUACCCACUUUAUCCGGUUGUGGUACGUCACAUUGCACAGGCACUGGAGUUUGUCGGGGUGCCUUUGUCCCAGGAAUCCAUCCUGCUAGUCGUAGCAGUGGCAGUGAACCUCUGGUUGUUUUGCGAGUCGGCUAAUCUUCUUUUCCAGCUAACCCACCUGAUAUUUAACGACCUUAACAAAAGCUGGAAUGCUGCUCUGAUCUACUGUUUUAAUCCGGCCAGCAUUUUCUUUACGGCCGCCUACUCAGAGUCCUUCUUCGCCUUCGCCAGCUUCCAUUUGAUGCUGGAGUGCCUGAAACCAACCGACAACUUUCGGUUCAUUCGUUUAGGAGCAGCUUUAGCCGCCUGUGUGGUAUGCCGUUCAAACGGGUUGAUCACCGUAGGAUUUCCGGUGUACUUCUUCGCCCGCCAACUGCUGGUCAAGGGCAAGGAACCAACAUCCUUCUGGCAGCUGACGCAGAUGGCCCUAACCAUUCUGGGAGCCGUAGGGAUUCUGCACACCUACUAUUUCUACAUCUAUCGGCUGUACUGCUUACCGUCCAUGACGGUAAACCACCCGCAUCACGUUGUGAACUACGCAGAGGAAAGGAAGUACCUUAUAUCAGGACAGGGAUCGGAGGGAUCUCCAUGGUGCCAGUACACGCUGCCGUUCCCGUACACCUACGUGCAGUCACACUACUGGGAUGUAGGAUUUCUGCGGUACUACAAGUGGAAACAGCUGCCUAACUUUCUGCUGGCCCUGCCCAUGCUUAGCUUCAUGCACUGGCACUGCUACGAUUACCUACGCCAGUUCAUUAAAGAUGUCUGGGCGAAGGUUACGCCGUCCGGCUACAGGGAACUAGUCAAGGAGCAUGUCACAUUCCCCUUCGUUCUGCACGCUGCGUUUCUCACCCUUGUUUGCACUGUAUUUGUGCACAUUCAGGUGUCCACGCGACUCCUGGCGUCGGCCACUCCCGUUUUCUACUGGUUUGCAGCCGAUCACAUGCCCAAAACGCUUGCAAAGCUGAAACUGCGUUCCAAGGCGGGAGCUCUCUUUAUAUGGUGCACCACUUACAGUUUGGUGGGAACCGUGCUGUUUACCAACAAUUACCCAUGGACGUGAGCUACUUAAGGAAUGUUUACGCUUAGGAGUAGUUGGUUGCCAAAGAGACUGUUCAUCCGCAGAGAUUGCUUUUUAGUGUGUAAAUAAUCGUCCAGGCUCUCCAAAUUGAAGUGAUAGUGUUGAGGCGCUCAAAAGUAUUGAUUUCCUGUAAAAGUUUCCCAUUAUCUAUAAAAACCUUGAUCUUUUAAAACAUGCUUAAUAAAAAUUGUUGACAAUUUUGCCGAGAAA